AUGAGUGGUAAGCUUUGGACAGAGGAGCAGUUCAACUGCCCCGUGUGUCUUGACCUUCCCAAUGACCCGGCAACAAUCCCCUGUGGACACAGCUAUUGCAUGGCUUGCAUCAAGGACUACUGGAGCAAGGAUGAAUCCAAAGGGGUCUACAGCUGCCCGCAGUGCCGGCAGACCUUCUGUCCCAAGCCUUCCUUAUCCCGGAACACAAUGCUGGCUGAAGCUGUGGAGCAGCUCCGGAAAGGAGCUCUCAAAUUGGACUUGCGUGACUCCGUUCGAAGUACCUCCAGUACAGCCCCCUCAUCUCGAUCGAAGGGUUCGAGGCAGCCGCUCUCCUCGGUAGUGCCGUGCAACAUGUGCCAUGGAAAGCAGAGGGUGGCAGUUAAGAGCUGCCUGGUGUGUAUGAGCUCCUACUGUGAAGCCCACCUGAAACCCCACCAAACCCAGCCGGCCCUGAAGCAGCAUGAGCUUAUAGUGCCCACGGGCCAGCUAGCUCAGAAGAUCUGCACCCAGCACAAGUAUCUGCAUGAGUUCUACUGCCGGCAGUGUAAGAUAUUUGUCUGUUGGCUCUGCACCAGCAACGAGCACAAAGGCCACGAGAGUGUCUCCACCAAGGCUGAGCGCAUAGAGAAGCAGAAAGUGCUGUCAGAGAUGCAGACAGACAACCAUGAGAGACUGAAGGAAAGAGAGAAAGAGCUGAAAGAGAUGAAGAAGGUGAUGGAUACUAUGAAGCGCUCAGCAGACCUGGUGCACAGUGAUACGCAGUUGGUGCUCUUGGAGCUUCAGCGCUCGGUGGAACGCCUGCAGGAGCUGGUGGAAGAGAUGCUGGACCAGGCAGGCCAGGAGAAGAUGGCCCAGGCCCAGGAGGUGACUGAAAGCCUGGAGGCCAAGAUCAAAGAGCUGAGGAUGAGGGACAGACAGAUGAAAGAGCUGGCCCGCUGUGAGGAUCACAUCCACUACCUCCAGACGUGUGAAGACAUCUGCUCUCCUCUGGAGACAGAAGACCUUCCUCGUGUGCAGACGAUCCAACAGGCAUCAUAUGAACCAGUGCGAGACGCCAUCCUGGAUCUCAGAGAGCGCAUAGAAGACAUUUGCAACCAAGAGCUCGGCAAAAUCACCAAACAAGUAAAUGACACAACUUGGUUUGUUUUGGGAGACAGCAGUGCAAGUGAAACUAACUCCAGGCCCAGCCCUAGACCUAGUCCCAGAUCAAGCUCUACUGGCAGUCAGAGUUUCAGCCGAAUGGGCUCUAUCAGCAGCAUCUUCCGCUCUCUUCGCCAUGCCACUGCCCAAGCCACACAAGCCACCAACACUCAGUCCAGAGGAGGAAACCCAUGGCUGAUGGACAGUCUUGCUGAGAUACCAACACAAGUUCAGCCCAGUCUCUUCUUGGAUCAGCAAGACUCCCUGCAUAAUCACACAGCAGCUUUCCCAGCACUGAGGGAGAUCAGCAUCGACUGCAUCCAGGCCCCAGAGCCCAGGACCAGAGAUGACUUCCUACAAUACUCCGUGACCUUGACCCUUGACCCUGACACAGCCCACCGACGGCUGGCUGUCUCUGAAGGCAACACGAAGGCCACUCUGCAGGGCGCAGCACAGCCCUACCCCGACACUCCACAGCGCUUCGACGGGUGGACCCAGGUGCUGUGCCAGAGUCCCCUACAGGCCCAGCAUUGUUACUGGGAGGUGGAGUGGAGAGGCAGGGGCUCAUCUGUGGCCGUCACCUACGGGUCUCUGAAGAGGAAGGGCUCAGACGCAAACGCAGGGCUCGGCUACAACGCCCAGUCCUGGAGCCUGGAGCUGUCGGACACCUGCUGCUCGGCCAUGCAUGACAAUGAGAAGAAGGACAUCCCGGUCACCUACACCCCUCGCCUGGGCAUCUUUCUGGAUAUGCCAGCGGGCAUGCUGGCUUUCUACAGCGUGGCAGAGAGCAUGACGCACCUGCACACCUUCCACGCCAACUUCACCCAGCCGCUUUACGCUGCGUUUGGGGUGGGCUGUGGGGUCGGAGUGGGCCUGGACUUCGCCCUCGGCCAGUUCAGUUCAACUUCUGACAGUAUCAAGAUCUGUCCAAUGUGAAGACAGGCUGUGAGACAUGUGCAUAGGUUUCCAUCCACUGGU